AUGGCAUCGCAAGAGAAACCGACGAUUCUCCUUCUCCACGGAGCAUGGCAUCUUCCGUUACACUACCGCUCCCUAAUCGACCCACUCCGGAAUAGUGGGUACACGGUCCUGGCGCCGUAUCAGGUCACGACUGGUUACGAUGACUCUAUAGACGACAAAACGCACAUCGAUGCCACUAACCAGAUCCGCGAGUACCUUCGCCCGCUCCUGGACCAGGGUCGGAAGAUAGUGGUAGUUGCGCAUAGUGCCGGUGGGAUCGUCGCAACAGGGGCUGCUGUCGGCUUGACGCUCGAAGACCGCGCGGCUCGGGGGCUCCAAGGCGGUAUCAUCAGCAUUGUGUAUAUCGCCGCGCUCGUCGAACCGCAGCAUGGCCGACCGGAUGAGCCGAUUCCGUUCCCGCCAGGUUGGACAGAUUUCAAAAAGCGGCCUGUUCCCGAGGAUCUAGCUCGGAUGCUCUUCUACGAUGAUAUAGAAGAGUCGAGGCAAAAGCAGGCUCUCCAGAUGGUUGUAUGGCAGAGUGAAAAGUCUAGUGACACCGAUAGAUUGACAACAGCAUCUGAUGUCCGGGCUCAUAAGACGUAUGUUGUGUGCAAAAAGGAUAAGAUUGUUCCGCCUGAGAAACAGUACCAGCGUGCUGCAGCUGCAGGUGCUACAAUUGUGGAACUUAACUGCGCUCACAGUCCAUUUUUGCUCGACAAGGAGACUGAGGUACUAUUGGAUGUCAUAACUAAGGCGACUCAAGUAUAG